GAUUUAACCUCAUAUUUCGUUUCGGUAACAACGAAAUUUUCCCCUAAAAAUGACUCGUGUGCCAUUUAUUUUUCUUUUCCUCCGCGCCACGAUGGACGGCGUGCGCGGCGUCACUCAUUAUUCCGUGCCGGAAGAAAUGGAGGACGGCUCCGUCGUGGCUAAUUUGGCGUCCGAUUUGGGAUUGGACGUGAGGACGCUGAGCGGGAGGAAAAUGCGCAUCGACGUGGUCGCCAAUCAAAAAUACCUGGAGAUCAACAAGGAGACUGGAGAGCUUUUUAUUAUGGAGAGAAUAGACAGGGAGCUGCUGUGCACGUCUAAAACAACGUCUUAUUGUUCCCUCAAAUUAGACGCGACUAUAGAAAAUCCGAUACGGAUGUUCAACAUCGAAGUGGAAGUCACUGAUAUCAACGACAACGCGCCCCAUUUCCGCCGCGGCACCAUGCACCUGGACAUCUCCGAGGCCAGCCCGGUGGGAGAGAGGUUCUCCCUGAAUAACGCCGUGGAUCCAGACGUUGGAGACAACUCCGUGCAGGACUACCACCUGAGCUCCAGCCAGCAUUUUAACAUCGAGAUUCAGACGGGAAGAGACGGCUCCAAGUUUGCCGAUUUGAUCCUAACAAAGAUGCUGGACAGAGAGCAUCAGGCCGUCCAUCAUCUCAUCCUCACCGCCGUGGACGGCGGGGUACCCACGCGCACGGGCACGGCCAGCAUCAUUGUUCGAGUUCUGGAUGUCAACGACAACGCCCCGACGUUCAGUCGAGACGAACACUCGGUGGAGGUCGUGGAGAACUCCCCUAUUGGCAGUUUGGUGAUUGAACUGAACGCCACCGACUUGGACGAAGGCUCCAAUUCGGACGUGAGUUACUCUUACAGUUUGUACACGUCAGAAAGAACGCAGGACAUGUUCAGCUUGAAUCGGGACAACGGAGAAAUCCGAGUGAAAGAGAUGAUUAAUUAUGAAGAUUUAAAAGUGUAUGAAAUGGAAGUCAUAGCGAGCGAUAACGGGGUGACGUCCUUAUCUAGUCAGUGUAAAGUAGUGAUACAGGUGACGGACAUGAACGACAACCACCCUGACAUUUCUAUUAAGUCCUUUCUGAGUCCGAUGAAUGAAAACACACCUGUUGACACGGUGAUAGCAGUGGUCAGUGUGAGUGAUAAGGACUCAGGUGACAAUGGAGUAGUGGAUCUUCACAUUCCUCGUAAAAUGCCUUUUAAACUGAGGGAGUCCUCUGAUAACUAUUACGAGUUAGUGGUCUCCGAGCCUUUAGACCGUGAGAAGGUUCCAGAAUAUGACAUCACCUUCACUGUCACAGACCGAGGCUCCCCUCCUUUGAGUGACAAUGAAACCAUGACUUUACAGCUGCUGGAUGUGAAUGAUAAUGUUCCACACUUCCCUCAGUCCUUUUAUACCAUACGUGUGAUGGAGAAUAACGCUCCUGGCGCCUUGCUCAGUUCACUCAGUGCGUUUGACCCUGACCUCCAUGAGAACCAGUACCUAGUUUACUUCAUCCUAGAGAAGGAGAUCGUCAACACCUCCAUGUCCAUGCUGUUCUCCAUCAAUCCAGAGAACGGGAACCUUUACGCACUAAAGACUUUUGACUAUGAGAUGGAGAAGGACUUUCUUUUCCACAUUGAGGCCAGAGACUCUGGCUCUCCUCCACUCAGCAGCAACGUCACAGUCCACAUCAUCAUUAUGGACCAGAACGACAACGCUCCAGUUAUUGUCUCUCCUUGGCGAGCGCACGGCUCCGUGGUGGAGGAGAAGAUCCCCAGAUCCACUGAUAAAGGAUCUCUGGUUGCCAAGGUGAUAGCUUUGGACGUGGACUCGGUGCACAACUCUCGCAUCACCUACCACUUCCUGCAGGUGACUGAUGCCACCUUGUUCAGUCUGGACCAGUACAACGGAGAGAUCCGCACCAUGAGGAUGUUCAGUUACAAAGAUCCACGUCACCAGAGACUGGUUGUUGUUGCCAAGGACAACGGGGAUCCGGCUCUCUCUGCUACAGUCACCAUCAAGCUGUCCACGAUGGAGACUGCUGUGAAGGCCCACUCGGACAUGACUGAGGUGCCCAUGGAAUACGACAUCUUCUCAGACCUCAACCUGUAUUUGGUCAUCGGUCUGGGCUCAGUGUCCUUCCUGCUGCUCAUCACCAUCUUGGUCACCAUCGUGCUCAAGUGUCAGAAUACCAAGCCCAGCAUAGCGGCUCUGCCCAGCAGGAACAGUGUGAUCAGUGAGAGGAACUCCACCAUCGCAGAUUCCACUCUGGUGUCCAACGAUGCCUACUGGUACAGUCUGUUUCUGGCAGAGACCAGGAAAGGAAAGAUGGUGGUCAGGCAGCCUGUGCCAAAGGGUUCCCGAUACAUCGUGUCCAGUAUUCCCAGGAGCACAGGCAUGUCUGAGACUAGUGGCUCUGCUCCUUCAACCUUGCAGUACCCCAAAUGAGGGAAGUCCACUCUGCAGCAUGGAGGCGUCCACAACCCGUAGCACCAGAUCUACAUAAGGCCAGAACUGCGUCGGACCGAUCUCGAUGGGAGAGCUCCAUCGACAUGGCUCUCAUGCCCUUCAUGCUCAGCUUGGUUCUUCACUCCAGACCAGGAUGGACUAGCCCCGACUUAGUACCCCUCUAUUCUUUCUUCAAGCACAUGAAAAGCCAAUCGAAGCCUUUCCAAUAAUCUCUUCAUUGUGCAUGAUAUGACCGCAUGGCUUCAACAACACUCAAAAGAUCUUCAUUCCGGCCGAGCAAAUGUAAAGGAGAUGCCAAGAAAUAGAGUGGACUGUGCGGAUGGUCCAAGAAGCCAAAAUCAAUAAGUGGACAAUGGAAUAUUGAAGAGAGUUGCCCUUCUUAAAAAGGAACGCCCAUAUAUGAACUUUUUGUGUUGUCCAUUAUCCGCAUUAAUGGCAGUUAAAAAGGCACAAUUUACAACAAAAAAGCACCGAUGGGAUGUUUUUUUUAAAAAUCCAAAUUUUGUAAAUAGUGAUUUUAGGUCUUUUGAAUGACAUUGUGCUUUAUACGUGAGGUGUGGGUUCAGAGUGAUUUGACUAAGACAGUGGUUCUUAACCUUUUUGGAGGUACCGAACCCCACCAGUUUCAUAUGCGCAUUCACCGAACCCUUCUUUAGUGAAAAAUAAAAUGUUUUUUUUCAAAUUUCAAGACAAAGUUAUAUGUUUUUGGUAACACUUUAGUAUGGGGAACAUAUUCUAAGUAACAAAGACUUAAUUUAGAGUUUUUUGGACACUAGGGGAACACAUUCUAAGUAACAAAGACUUAAUUUAGAGUUAUUUGGACACUAGGGGAACAUAUUCUAAGUAACACAGACUUAAUUUAGAGUUUUUUGGACACUAGGGGAACAUAUUCUAAGUAACAAAGACUUAAUUUAGAGUUUUUUGGACACUAGGGGAACACAUUCUAAGUAAAAAAGACUUAAUUUACAGUUUUUUGGACACUAGGGGAACAUAUUCUAAGUAACAAAGACUUAAUUUACAGUUUUUUGGACACUAGGGGAACAUAUUCUAAGUAACAAAUACUUAAUUUAGAGUUUUUUGGACACUAGGGGAAUAUAUUCUAAGUAACAAAGACUUAAUUUAGAGCAGGGGUCACCAACGCGGUGCCCGCGGGCACCAGGUAGCCCGUAAGGACCAGAUGAGUAGCCCGCUGGCCUGUUCUAAAAAUAGCUCAAAUAGCAGCACUUACCAGUGAGCUGCCUCUAUUUUUUAAAUGUUAUUUAUUUACUAGCAAGCUGGUCUCACUUUGCCCGACAUUUUUAAUUCUAAGAGAGACAAAACUCAAAUAGAAUUUGAAAAUCCAAGACAUUUUUUUAAAGACUUGGUCUUCACUUGUUUAAAUAAAUGCAUUAAUUGUUUUACUUUGCUUCUUAUAUCUUUCAGAAAGACAAUUUUAGAGAAAAAAUACAACCUUAAAAAUGAUUUUAGGAUUUUUAAACACAUAUACCUUUUUACCUUUUAAAUUCCUUCCUCUUCUUUCCUGACACUUUAAAUCAAUGUUCAAGUAAAUGUAUUUGUUUUAUUGUAAAGAAUAAUACAUACAUUUUAAUUUAAUUCUUCAUUUUAGCUUCUGUUUUUUCGACGAAGAAUAUUUGUGAAUUAUUUCUUCAAACUUAUUAUGAUUAAAAUUAAAAAAAAAUAUUCUGGCAAAUCUAGAAAAUGUGUAGAAUCAAAUUUAAAUCUUAUUUCAGAGUCUUUUGAAUUUCUUUUAAAAAUGUUGUUCUGGAAAAUCUAGAAGAAAUAAUGAUUUGUCUUUGUUAGAAA